AGGGGUGCUCGUUCCAUGGCCCACGCCCCGCGUCUCGUGAAAUUCUCGGGCACCGUGGACAAAGAUACGGUCGAAAUAAUGUCGGGAAAUCCGAGAUUUGGGACGGGAUGCCUCUCGGUAGGCAGCCCACGAUGGGAUAUGGCUUCCACGGAAAGGCAAAAAAAAUCUGAAGCUCUCUGGUGCUUCGUACCCUAACUUGCCGAUCCACUUGGCGGCUGGUGGGUCCUUCGGUGAAUCCGGUUUGGGAUACACUGACAGGAGCAGCGGAAAUGUGAAUUGAUCCGAAAUCAGGGUUUUGUGUAUAUAUGUACCUGAUCCCCGCCGGAAAUUCUCGAGAUCUCGUCUUUGUUGCUUCUCCAACCAAGAUUCUUUUUACUAUCCCCGCAAUCUUAUGACAAUGACCGAUGCAGAAAGUCGUGAGUCUCCACAGUUGGAGGCCAUCCCUAGCCCUACCGGGCUUGGGACAGAGAAGAGCAACACCGACAAGGGUCUCCGUCCGGAUGGGAAGAGGGAGCUGACGGAGGACGAGUGUUACGAGGAGCUGGCGUACUGUUGGCCGCGAUGGAAGAAGUGGAGUUACCUGCUCGCCGUCGCGUGCGUGCAGAUCUCCAUGAACUUCAACACCUCCGUCUAUCCCAGCGCCGUCAAGUCCCUGUCCAAGGCCUUCGACAUCAGUGAGCAACAUGCCCGGACGGGCCAGAUGAUCUAUCUGGUGACCUACUCGGUGGGAUGCGAAUUGUGGGCGCCGUGGAGUGAGGAAUUCGGCCGCUGGCCUAUCCUCCAGCUGUCGAUGUUUUUGAUCAACAUCUGGCAGCUCCCGGCCGCCCUGGCCCCGAAUUGGGGUAGUCUUCUGGUGGCGCGUGGCCUGGGUGGUGUCUCGACCGCCGGUGGCAGUGUCACCCUAGGAUUGAUCGCCGAUAUCUAUGAAGCCGAAACGCAACAAUUCCCGCUGGCGUUCAUCGUCUUCUCGUCCUGUAUCGGGACGAGUAUCGGUGGUAUCAUUGGUGGACCCAUCGCUCGCUUCCUCGACUGGCAAUGGUUCUUCUGGAUCCAGCUCAUCUUCGGCGGUGCCGUCCAACUCAUCAUCUUCUUCAUGCCCGAGUCUCGCUCCACCAUCAUCAUGGAUAAGAUCGCCAAGAGGCGUCGCGAGUCCGGUGAGGACCCGAACGUUUACGGACCCAACGAGCUGAAGAAGCCCCGCGUCUCGAUGAAGGAAGCCGGCACGAUUCUGCUUCGCCCCUUCCACAUGUUGCUGCGCGAGCCCAUCGUCCUCUGCCUGUCGCUGCUGUCCGGUUUCUCCGAUGCCCUCAUCUUCACCUUCCUCGAGAGCUUCGCCAUCGUGUACGAGCAGGGUUGGGGCUUCGGCACCCUCGCCCAGGCCUGGGCCUUCAUCCCCAUCAACCUGGCCUACGCCAUCGGCUACUUCUCGUACUUCCCAUGGUUCUGGCGCGACCAGAAGAUCCGCAAGCGCCACGGCGACGAUGCGAUCCCACCCGAGCGCCGUCUUAAGUGGCUGCUGUUCCUGGCGCCGCUGGAACCGAUCGGUCUGUUUGGCUUCGCCUGGACGUCCUUCGGCAAGGAGCGCGGCGUCCACUGGAUCGGCUCGAUGAUCUUCUCCGCACUGGUCGGUAUCGCCAACUAUGCGAUCUACCUGUCCACGGUGGAUUACAUGGUCGCCUCGUACGGUGUCUACUCGGCCUCGGCCACGGGCGGCAACGCCUUCGCCCGAGACCUGCUCGCUGGUAUCUCGGCCAUGUACGCCACUCCGAUGUACGAGAACAUUGGCGACAAGUGGCACGUCGAGUACGCCACGACAAUCCUGGCGUGUCUGUCGUGCCUGGUCGUGGUGCCCAUCUAUGUCUUCUACUGGAAGGGGCCGCAGGUGCGCGCCAAGAGCAAGUUCGCUCAAUCGCUGCUGGCGGAGCGGACCGCCAACAAGGGCCGGAGGGUCAGUCGCCCUUCGAUGGAGCCUUGAAAAAAGAUCCUUUAAAGACCCCGCGGUCGGUCGACGUCGGCCUGGCCGCAUUUAGACCCCCGGAUAAUGUUCCGUUUAUACAUG